AUGAAGGUAGCUCUUCUUGCCCACAAAUCUGCUGAAGAGUUUCUACAAGUCCACAAGCCUAAGAAUAAGUCCGAAAGUAGUUCAGAAGAGGAUCGCUCUCCCGGUAUGGUGGUAAUUGUUCGAAACAACAAUGCUGCGAUGAUUGCUGGUCACUCUGGAGUCGCCCUCACUCGAUCUCCUCUAGAAGCAGAACUAAUUGCAAUUUGCGAUGGUCUUUUGUUGUUAAGCAAUCUGAACCCAUGCCCAGUUGUUUUUGCCUCUGAUUCUCAAAUUCUCAUCAACGCCAUGAUCUCAAGAACCCCUCCUUCAGAUUGGAGGGUUGCAAACCUCUUUGCUCAAGCCCGGUACCUCUCCUCAACCCGGCAAAUCAGCUGGUUAUGGACCAGCAGAAAGGCAAACCGUGCAGCAGACCACUUCGAUGCCCUUGCCCUAUCGGAUUCUUGCCCCUCAGAUUGGGUGUCGAACCCUCCUUCCUCCUUGAUGAAUAUUCUGGUGUAUGAUGGACUGCCAUGUCCUCAUUAG